CUAUAUGUUAUAAUUUUUCACAAGAAUGUAAUCACUAACAUAAACACCUGUUCUAAAAAUAUAUUUAUUCUCGACAUCUGCACCAGUGUCACACACGAAAUUGCAUCAAUUUGAUGUAUAGAUACAUUUAGAUGUUUGUUACAUAUAAUUGGUUGUCCAGAGAGCUAUGUCGUGAAGAAAUUCACUUAUGGUUGAUCGUCUUUGAUAGCACUUUGUCGAUGACUCUGUGAACGCGUUCCAUCUUUGAUACUAUAUUUAUAUAAUUCAAAUCAAACUGUAGAUAUCAAACUGAAAUGGAACGUUUUGCUUAUAUUUUGCAGCCGCAUAUUCGAGCUAGUAAAAUUAGAUUAUCAUACAUAGACGAAUUGUUUGUAGAUCUCAAGAAUAAUCCGUACAUCAUACUUCACAAAAAUGACCCUGAUGAAACAAAGCUUUCAGAUUACAACAAUGGAAAAAGAGAUUUUGACGAACACUUGACAAAACAUGACUCACCUCUUAGUGGCACACCUCUGGAAUAUUCAUUUGGUAAUUAUGAAUUUGAGGACACUGUUGUAAUAGGACAGACUUGGAGGAAACAAGAGAAGUUAUAUUUACCAUUGAGUAGAAAUGAUGCAUGUAAUGCAUUGAAUAUAUGUUUGGAACAUCUUGAUAAUAACACUUUGCCAAUAUUAGCUCUUUGUGAUGGAAAAGAUCCUAAACAAAGCAGACUUAUUGGUGUCAUUGUUUAUAAAGAUAGGUUUAUCACAUUGGAAGCUGUUUCUACUGGUAUGACAACUCUGGCUACAAUAAGAAAUGAACGUCAGAAAAUUGUACAGGAACAUCUUAAGCGAGCAUUUGUACAGGAACAUAAUAUUAAGAUAUCAAUGUUUAAUAAUUUUGACUUGUUUGGAAUAAAACAAGAAAUGAUUGAUUGGGAAAAGACUGUCAAAAGUGAUUUUGAAGGAAGUAUUAACAUUGAAGUACAUUCAAAUAAAUUGGUAAUAGAUCCAAGAUCAAAAAGUACUUUGAUCACUCAAAUAAAUGCUGGAUGGAAGAAUAGCUCUCUAAAAAAGUUAAAUUGCCAAUUACUCUUAUUGAUCCAUUAUUUAUCAAUAAUAGACGAGUACAAGAAAAAUAUUGAGAUGCAGAAGUCAAUAAAAUUUUCAACACCUUAUGCAAAGGAAUAUGAUGUUAUAAUGGAAGAAUUAAAUCUUUUGUUAAAUGAAGACUUUAAUUUCAAAAGAUUUGAUAACAUCAAUGUCAAGGAAAAUUACCAUACAAAUGAGGGAAAUAUUAAUAUUGAUGCAAAGCUAAUAGAACGAGUACAAAAUGUAUUUUCGAGAGACAAUGAUUUUACCGAUUAUUUGUGGGAAAUACUUAUAAAAACUUCAGAGUAUUCACAAAUAAUAAACUGUAUUGAAAUAAUUCUGGAGAAAAUUCUUAAACAUAAAUUUACACCACAGAUUAACGACACAAAUUCAACAAGAUUUAUAAAACAUAUUUCUAAUCUGAGUCAAGAUACAACAUCCUAUUUACUAACAGGAAGCGUACCACUAGAACUUGUUGUAGAUAUGGGAUUUGAAAAACUUAGACGAGAUUAUUUAUAUAUUUUGAGAGGAGCGCGAUUUGUUGAUUUACACGAUGUCCGACAGAAAUUAGUCAAUAUGUCUUCUGGAAUCUUUAAUAUGGAAAAUUAUAGAAAAAGAUUGGUUACGUUGGCACAAAUUCAUCUUUGUUUGGAAUGCAUGCUACUUAUUGAAAGACAUUUGGAAUGUUCAGUUGAAAGUUUGCAAAGUUUAUUUGCUUACGCUUACAAAGAAUUUGUUUCUGCACAGUCUCCCCUACAAAAUUACACUGAGCUUUGUAAUCGAAUCUUUACUUUGACGAUGCCUCUACCAAAAAAAUUAGUUAACGAUUUAAACAAAAUGAAUUUUUCUGUAUGCAGAACCUCUAUUUCGUCUGAAUCUGCUGCAUUGAUGCUAACAACUACUAACUAUUACAGCAAAAUGCCUAUUUUUCCAACAGACAUAUAUCCUAUUGAUAAUGCAAAUACACUGGAGGAAAUAAUUUAUGGUAUAAGUGCAACAUCAUCAUCAACAAAGUAUAAAAAACUAUGAAACGCAACGCUCUUGCACGUUGGAGAAACAAGAUAAAAUUUCAGAGCUAUUUGGUACAAUUUUGAAUAAAUAGAACGUAAUAAAAAGAAGAUAAUUAAAACGUUUAAUUAAUAAUUAAUAAAAUAAAAAUUUUAUAAAAGCAUUCUUCAAAUACAAUUACAUGUAUUAGGUAUAUAAAUAUAACUACAUUUAUGAGUGUUUGUACUCUCAGUCAUCGACAAUAUACACUCGAACAUGCUAUUAGUCAUUCUUCUCCGUGA